CGACGACAAAGGUCUGGACACUGUCAUCAUUUCCAUCACCGUUGGUCAAGUCACACACUCACACAAAUCAAGACAAAACAGAAUGGGGGACUCUAACACCACCGUCGACGCCAUCAGCUUCGUCGACACGACCUCCAGCCAACGCAUCGAGCCCGGCUCCGUCAACCACCCACCUGCCCCCUGGCCAGCGCACUUCAAGACCGAGCCCACGCCCGACGAGGUAGCCAAGAUCACCGCUAAUGUUGUCGACACAGUAAACAACCACUUCGACAAGGUUCCCGACCUGUUCCUCGACUCCCAGGCUGGCUUCUGGCGAGACCACCUAGCCCUGACCUGGAACCUGCGCACCCUCAAAGGCAAAGACAAGAUCCGUGACUUCUUGCAAACCGAAGCCCAAGUCAAAGAAGUGCCUCUGCAAAUCCAGAUCGACGAGUCGCAAGCUUUCCGCAAGCCGCAAGUCGCCGGAUUUGCUCCCGUUGACGGACUCAAGGGCAUCCAGUUCUAUAUCACCUUUACCUCGCAGAACGGCAAGGGACGCGGUGUGGUCAGGUUGGUGCAGGAGGAAAAGACGGAAGAGUGGAAGAUCUGGACCUUCUUUACCACUCUUGAGGAGUACCGCCAUCAGCCAGAGCCGAGGGGACCCAACAGGUCGAAGGGUGUCGAGCAUGGUGGACAGCCGGGACGGAUGAACUGGGCGCAGAAGAGGCAGGAGGAAAUUAACUUUACGAACCACGAGCCGGAUGUGUUGAUUCUCGGCUGCGGCCAAGGCGGCCUCACCGCCGCCGCCCGCCUCAAGAUGCUCUCGGUCACCUCGCUCAUUAUCGACCGCAACCCGCGCAUCGGCGACAACUGGCGCAACCGGUACCACCAACUAGUCCUGCACGACCCAGUCUGGUACGACCACCUGCCCUACCUCCCCUUCCCCGACACCUGGCCCAUCUUCACGCCCAAGGACAAGCUCGCCGACUGGUUCGAGUCGUACGCCAAAGCGCUGGACCUCAACAUCUGGCUGCGCUCCACCAUCGUCUCCUCCGAGUACGACGCCUCCCGCAAGUCCUGGAAGGUGGUCAUCCGCCGCUCCUUCGUCAAGACCUCGCGCCCUUCAGGCUCCUCCAACCCGCCUGGCGGCGCACCUGAGGGAGUAGAAGAAGAACUCGAACACAUGGAACUCACCGUCUACCCCAAACACAUCAUCCAAUGCACCGGCGGCUCGGGAAAACCCAACAUGCCGACCUCCAUCCCCGGCAUUGCCGGUGGCGUCUUCAAGGGCGACCGGCUCUGCCACUCCUCGCAGUUCACAACCGCCACCCCGCUCUCCGAGCGCGGAUCCAAGAAGGCCAUCGUCGUGGGCGCGUGCAACUCCGCCCAUGACAUCUGCCAGGACUUCUACGAGCGCGGGUACGACGUGACCAUGAUCCAGCGCUCCUCGACCUUCGUGCUGUCCUCGUCUGCUGCGCUCAAGUACCUUAUCGGCCCGAUCUACAGCGAGGGAGGGCCGGCGGUGGAAGACGCCGACAUGUUCGUUUGGUCGUACCCGAGCGAGGUGUUGAAGACGUUGCAGAAGGACUUGACCAAGUUGACGAUUGAGCACGAUGCCGAGUUAUUGGCGGGGCUGGAUAAAGCUGGGUUUAAGCUGGAUAAGGGCGUCGAUGGCGCGGGACUGUUUGCCAAGUAUCUGCAGCGGCAGGGAGGGUAUUAUAUCGAUGUCGGCACUUCGAAGCUGAUUGUUGAGGGAAAGAUUGCCGUCAAGUCGGGGGUCGGUAUUGCGGAGGUGGUGGAGAAGGGAUUGAAGAUGGAGGAUGGGGAGGUGUUGGAGGCUGAUGAGAUUGUGUUUGCGACGGGGUAUGAUAAUAUGCGGUCAACGGCCAGGGAGGUGUUUGGGAGUGAGCAGGUGGGGGAUAAGGUGGGUGAUGUGUGGGGGUGGGAUGAGGAAGGGGAGAUGAGAGGGAUUUGGACGAGGAGUGGGCAUGAGGCGUUCUGGUUCCAUGGAGGGAAUCUGGCGCUGUCGAGGUAUUAUUCGAGGGUGGUGGGGUUGCAGGUUAGGGCGAGUUUGGAUGGGUUGUUGUAGGGGGAUUGUGGCUGGAUGGGAGGGGGAGUAAGAAGAGGGCUAAAGGGGGGGACCGGAGUUUCUUGGAUAGCUAUCCUGGUUUUUGACAUCCUAGGUGCGAUGAGGAACACUUGAAUGCUGACUCUUGUUGAACAUCAUGCCCAUUGCUGGGAGCGUACUACUGACCAUGCUGGUACGUCUGGGUUGAUCCUCGGAUUCGCGAUGGAAUGAAGCUUGUCCGGUAUGACGGUAUCGUGGGUAGAGGUAUUCGGCCUUGCCGCCCGCCAACGAGAAAUGAACAAGGAG